GAGCCGCCGCCGCCAGCCGGGCACGGUCAUGGCGUCCCCGGCCAUCGGGCAGCGUCCGUACCGGCUACUCUUGGACCCAGAGCCGCCGCGCUAUCUGCAGAGCCUGAGCGGCCUCGAGCCACCGCCGCCGCCCCCAGGCCGGUCCUCGCGCCGCUGCGCCCCCGCGCCCCUCUCCACUGCGCCCGGGGCGCACGAGGGGCGCGGCGCCCCGAGGGCUGCCCGGGGGGACCUGGAGCCCCAACCCCGGGCCUCCCGACCCGCUCGCCCUCUCCGGCCUCGUCUGCAGCAGAGACUGCGGCGGCGGCCGGGAGCGCCCCGGCCCCGCGACGUGCGGAGCAUCUUCGAGCAGCCGCAGGAUCCCCGCGUCCCGGCGGAGCGAGGCGAGGGGCACUGCUUCGCCGAAUUGGCGCUGCGGAGCGGCCGGGGCUGGUGUGACCUGUGCGGACGAGAGGUGCUGCGGCAGGCGCUGCGCUGCGCUAACUGUAAGUUCACCUGCCACCCGGAGUGCCGCAGCCUGAUCCAGCUGGACUGCAGUCGGCAGGAAGGCCCAGCGCAGGACAGACCCUCUCCAGAGAGCACCCUCACUCCAAACUUCGGCCAGAAUGUCUGUAAACCCGCCGAGGAGACGCGGCCCCCGCCCACACUGCAGGAGAUCAAGCAGAAGAUCCAGAGCUACAACAGCCGGGAGAAAGAGUGCCUGCGCAUGAAGCUGAGCGAAGACGGCACCUACACGGGUUUCAUCAAAGUGCAUUUGAAACUUCGGCGGCCGGUGACGGUGCCUGCUGGGAUCCGGCCCCAGUCCAUCUAUGACGCCAUUAAGGAAGUGAACCUGGCGGCCACCACGGCUAAGAGGACCUCCUUCUACCUGCCGCUCGAUGCCAUCAAGCAGCUGCACAUCAGCAGCGCCACCACGGUCAGCGAGGUCAUUCAGGGGCUGCUCAAGAAGUUCAUGGUCGUGGACAACCCCCAGAAGUUUGCACUGUUUAAGCAGAUAAACAAGGACGGGCAAGUGCUCUUCCAGAAACUCUCCGUGGCGGACUGCCCCCUCUACCUGCGCCUGCUUGCUGGGCCUGACACUGAUGUGCUCAGCUUUGUGCUGAAGGAGAAUGAAACUGGAGAGGUGGAGUGGGAUGACUUCUCCAUCCCUGAGCUCCAGAACUUCCUAACAAUCCUGGAAAAGGAGGAGCGGGACAAAAUCCAGCAAGUGCAGAAGAAGUAUGACAAGUUUAGGCAGAAACUGGCGGAGGCCUUAAGAGAAUCUCAGGGCAAACCUGGCUAACCGGUCCUGCUGCCUCUUCCCCGGAUGCCCGUGGAUUUAUUCUUAUUAUUAGUGAUUAUUUGGCAACAGACACUUUUUCUCAGGACACCUCUGGCGGGUGCAUUUGUGUCUGCCCAGCAGGUCCAGGUGUGGCACAAAAUCUCUGAUGGACAUGAAUGUGUGCAGGGUCGGGUUGGCCGCCCCCACGCUGUGCCCUCUGGACCCUGCCAAGGAGCAGCGCUCACGUGAACGGACAACGUCCUCUCCCAGUCUGCAGGCUUCCACAAACCAAACAGUUGCCUCUCUCAUCACCAAACUGGAGCCGUUCACACCACCCGGCAAAGGGAAGAAAAGAAGUCAUAGAGAUACAUAUUCUUUCUCUGGCUUUUAUUCUUCUUCAAUUUCUCUCUUAUUUGCCACCCACAGUACCUUUAUUUAUGAGUCAAAAAUUGUAGCAUAUUCCUUUAGCAGGUCUGAGCUAAGCCCUGGAAAGCAGGAUAAUGCUCAUAAAAGGAUUGUCCCCCACUGUCCCAAGGUGCCCGUUCAUGCUUAAGGAAAGGUCAUAAAGCCACCGGUCCCAGAUGCUCAGGUAAGGAGCACCCAAGGCGAGGUCGGCUCAGAGAUCGCCAGAGAAGCUGCAGCCUGCCCUGGCCUUGGCCCUCAUCGCCAGUCUGUGCACAUGUAAACCCAAAGGCAUGCGUAUCUGCAUAUAUGUGGUACUUAGCCAUAUCUUUGUCAACUACUGUUUGUUUUUAAGUUCCAAAUUUGAGUUUAAUAUCGCCAUCAUCCUCAUGCAUUUCCACCAAAGGGAAACCAGCCAUUUGCCAUGAUAAAAGUCUCCUGCUGAGCGCGGACGUCAGGCAGGCAGAGAAAGCCAAAAAGCUGUGCAGAGAAAUGCGUCCAAGCUGUCUUCAACCUUCCCCCAGCAGACAGCAGGGGCGCCUGGCUGCCUUGGUUUCCCCCUGGGCCUCCAGCACUGCCUCUCUCCUCCCACUGGGACUCUGCAAUCCCCAGGUGCUGCCAGAGGAGCUGCCUCAAUUACAGAGGGGGGGAUCCUCCCACUCAGCCAGCUUGGAGUCCUUUGUGUUCCGUAGCCCGGGCCAGCCUAUGGCACUGCACUCUCUCUGUGAGCCCAUAGGGCUGGCCUCCAGCUGACCUCAGUGCCUUUUUGUUUUCAGAGAGUGACAGCAGCAGGGGCAUUUGCUUGAAGCUCUGCUGCUGGCCUGCUCCUGCCAGGAAGUGGACCAUGGCGGUGUGGGAGACACGGCCGGCAGAGCUGUCGCUCCAAGUAUGGGGCGAGGGCCACAGACCUCCUUCCCAUCUAAGGUCCUGGGCCUUGACUUCCAAGAAGUGAUGUCAAACCACAUGGACAGGGCAGAUCACAUUCCUGACUCUACGUUUGUACUGGCUCCUUGUUUAGGUUCAAACUUAGAAAUAAACUAGCCAAACAAUUCCAGCAAGUAGCCAGGACUGCAAAGACACUCCAGUGCAGGGGAGACGGACUUUUAACUUUCACAGCAGGGCUGGCUUUCCAGCCCGGCCUCUGAGACUAUUUCUUUGCUGUCCUCUGCCUUCCCAGGUCCCUCUUGGGGCAGUUUGAGCCCAAGCUUCUUUGUGUAGCCUCAGAAGUUCCUUCCCUGACCCUGCUGAGUCCACACUGCCCCCGAUCCCAGAAGGAAUGCUGCCCCCUCGUCAUACAAACUGUGUAGUCUUCAGAGCUAAGUCAAGACAAGCUAGCAGCUGGAAAAAGUUGUUUUAAACCACAAAAACCCUGGUUACCUGCCAUCUCAUGCUCAGCCUUAUCACUCCCCUCCCUGAAACUCCCCCUCCCCGCUGUGUAGUAGGGACCGGGCGGAGGGUCCCUUUUCCUUUGGGCUGCGCAUCUUUAAUGUUCACAGAAGGCACGGCUCCUGCUGCGAGGCUGUGAAUGCUGCUGAGAACCUCCCUUGGAUGGGACGGCUACUUUAUUUUUGAGAAGGAAAGAAAAGUCCUGUACAUAUAUACAUAAAGGCAGAUGGCUAUAUAUAAAGAGAUAGGGCUGUUUAUGAAACAAGAAAAUUAUGGAAAAACUCAGACUUUACGCACAGUUAGUCCCAGGCCCCAGGCCGGGUGCAAGCCUCCGAGAACGGUGUGUAAAGCAUCCCCUCCCCCAGACGUGGGUAUGAGUGCUGGGAGUGCCUUCUAGCAUUGUGUUGCCCAGUGGGUGUUUGUUUUCAGGAUAUUUUCUUUUUAAGUGUCUUUCUUAUAUGGGUUUUAAAAAAAAGUAAUAAAAGCUUGUUGCAAAAAUGA